AUGGCGUCACGCAGGACUUGCGCUCAUGGCUCAAGCACCGCGCACUGGCACCGGCUGCGCUCGUAUACACGAUUAAGUCGUGCCCAGUUCCGACAGUCGCCACAACCUGCGGCGUUUGCUCGCUCUGAGCCGCCACUUCCAAGCUCUUACAAUGUCCUCACGACUUCAGCAGGUACGAAUUCGCUGCUAUUGGACACUGCGCGGUUCAUGUCGCAGCAUCCAGUGCGACGGAAGAGCCAUCACGACAGUUGGAGCGUGGAAGAGAACGUGGCAAGACCAGGACGUGGCCAGGACGCAACGUCUGGCACGUACGAGAUGCUCUUGCAACGACUGUACCAAGUGAAUCGCUUUACGGCGGUAAAGCUCGGACUUGAGAACAUGCAGCAGCUGAAUGCAGCCUUUGGAGAUCCUGCGUCGCAGCUAGAGGUGGUCCACGUAGCAGGGACCAAUGGCAAAGGGUCGGUGGCGCUCAAAGUUGCGAAAGCGCUCGAGCGCUCGGGCUACAAGACGGGGCUGUUUGUGUCCCCGCACGUUGCAUGCUUCCGAGAGCGCGUGCAGAUCAAUGGGUCGCUCAUUACCGAGAGCGAAGUGAGUGAGCUGUUGUCCGAGAUCUUUAACUUGAGCGCACAGUUGAGGAUCCCAGCCACGUUCUUUGAGAUCACGACGAUGCUGGCGUUCCGGUACUUUGCUCGGCAAGAUGUGGACUGUGUGGUUCUGGAGACGGGUCUUGGUGGUCGCCUGGACUCGACCAAUAUUGUCAAUCCCGUACUGUCUGUGAUCACGUCGAUCGGUCUCGACCACGUCCGCAUUUUGGGCAAUGAUCUUGACGCCAUUGCACGUGAAAAGGCUGGUAUUAUCAAACCCAACGUACCGGUUGUCGUAGGUCCUAAUGUACCCAUGAAUGUAACGAUGGAGUACGCGACGCGAAAUAAUGCUGCGCUGGUGCGAGUGCCGCCCGUUGCAGAUUCGAGCGAAGACUAUAAUGUUGAGAACGCGGCUAUUGCCCGUGAAGCCUGUGCACAGCUCAAUGCUCUUUGUGGUUCCCAGCCUGGUACUACUGCCCGUUCAAAGCUGUGUGUUGACCUGAGUGACAAGCGCGUGAGCGCAGCCCUAGAGUGUCGGCCCCCCUGCCGCUUUCAAGUGCUGCAUGUCAUGCGUGCAAACUCGAAGGAACGCAAGGUCACCGUAGUGCUGGACGUGGCGCACAACCCGCACGCUAUCGACAGAUUGGUACGUUUGCUGCACAAGCGUUUUCCCGACAAAACAUUUCGAUUCGUAUGUGGUUUCUCGGCUGACAAGGACAUUACCAAGAUGCUGGAACAUAUCACGGCUGUCAUCCGCCGCAGCCACCCGCACAAGAGCGACGAGGAGCUCCAACAGCACAUGCACUUUGUCAAAGCGAACCAUCCCCGUGGGGCGUUGCUGGACGACAUCAGCCAGGCCUUGAUACAAUCCAGCAAUGUGAACACGGAGAAGUGCAAGCGCGUUGCGAUCUCAAGUAUCAAGGACGGCGUAGAUGCUGCUGUGGCCGCGUCGCGUGCGUCUACGGACGACGAGGUGGUCGUAGUGUGCGGCAGCGUGUUUAUCAUGGCAGAAGCUCGUCAGGCGCUUGGCCUCAAGGAGCCUGUGGACAGUGCGUCACUGAUCACCGUUGCAGCCUCGAGCCAAGUGUAUUCCGGCAACGGUCGUGUUGAGGAUCAUGUUGACGUAGCCGCACAAGUUUGA